GCCCUCUAUAAAUACGAGAAGACGAAUCAGACCACCUUUCUCAGAGUAUCGAGGAAAAGGUAAAAGCUUUCAGAGCUUUCACAACAUGGGUUGUAAUUCAGAUGGUGGGUCCCAAGUGUUUAGGGGUGAAGAUGAUGAUGAAGAAUAUGAGGAGGAUGGUAGGGGUAGUCGGUUUCUUGGGUUUAUGUUUGGUAAUGUGGAUGACUCGGGUGAUCUUGAUGUUGAUUACCUUGAUGAGGAUGCAAAGAAGCAUUUUGCUGCACUUUCCGAGGAGCUUGGUCCUGCUUUCACGGAUAUGGACAUGUCAGUGAAGUUACCAAGGACAUUAAGCGAUGCGGUGGAGCAAGAUUAUGAUGAGAAGGCUGAGAAUGCUGUGAAUUAUUUUGACAUUGAUGAGGAUUUUGAGGGUCCGGAGAUUGAAGGUGCUACUGAGGAGGACCAUCUUUUGCCGAGAGAUGAAUACCUUUCUGCUAAAGUUUCGGUGGAUAAAAUUCGAGAAGUGGAACAUGAGGUGGUUGAAAAUUAUGAUGAGGAGAGUGAACAGGAAAAGGAACAAGAGGUGGUUGAACAGGAUGUUAGAAUUUCCCCACCGCUGCCAGUUCUAUGCAUAGAAGAUGGAGAGGUGAUCCUAAGAUUCUCAGAAAUCUUUGGCACUCAUGGAAAGGAGGCAGUUAAAAGAAACCGUGGGUACUCUGUUUGCAAAAGUAUGCAUAAAUCCAUGGAUGUUACGGAUAUUGUUGAAGAGGAUGAAGAGGCAUUUCUCAAAGGAACUGGUGAAGGAUUUACAGCUUUGAAAGAAGCUGAUGGAGUGAAACAUAACAUCUCAGAAUUGAAUGAUGAUGAUUUGGAAUUUGCAAAAUUUCGUGUUCACAAAGAGGCUACCUCAUUUGCUGUGCUGGAUGGGCCAGGAAAGGGCACAUACCUUUUUGCGGCACCAAUGAAAGAAGAUCUAGAUGUGGAUCUUUGUGUGGAAAGGCAGUCACCUUCGCGUCCUACAUUUUACCCUCUUGAUCAACAAGACUGGGAAGAUGGAAUUAUUUGGGACAAGUCUCCUGUAAUGAGUGACAAUGCUGUUGAGAGUUGUGAAAUGUCAGGACCUGACCACACCUCAGUUGAUAGUGAAACAGAAUCUGAUAGUGGGUCGCAAAAUAUUCAGUUAGAGUCCCAAAAAGAGUCUGAUGAGAAAAGGCAUGACAUUAUGCUAUUUAGCCGGUCUAGUCUGUUGGAGCCUUUUGGCUCAAGAAAUUCAGCAGGACCUUUAUGUGUUCCUGUAUCGGAAAGCAGAUACCAUCCCCAACUCUUAAGGCUAGAAUCUCGAUUUGAAGUGGAUGACCAGGCAAAUGGUAGAAUGGAGAAUGUCGAUCAGAAGCUUCGUAAGAGAGAUGCUGUGAGGCAAUUCAGCAAGCUUACCUCACAUAACAGAGACAUGCUAAAAGGAUCGUGGUUAGACCAGAUCAUAUGGGACCCAAACAUGCCUAUUAGGAAGCCAAAGCUUAUCCUUGAUCUUGAAGAUGAGCAAAUGCUCUUUGAGAUUUUGGAUAGCAAGGAUAGUGAACAUCUUAAGCUUCAUUCAGGGGCCACGAUUGUAACUCCCCCUCUAAAGUCAAGCAAUGAGGAUUCUUUGGAUUUGCCAAGUCAUGGAGCUCAGUUUUGUUGGCGAUAUGUUGCUAAUGACAAGCACUAUGCAAACAGGAAAACAUCUUAUCAACUAAAAUCGAAUUCUAAAAGACGCACUGCUCAAAGCAUAAAGAUUUAUCACUCACAACCUGCACUUCGGCUACAGACUAUGAAGCUGAAGUUAAGCAAUAAGGAGGUUGCUAAUUUUCAUCGACCAAAAGCUUUAUGGUAUCCCUGCAACGAUGAAAAGGCUGUAAAAGAACUAGGGAAGCUGCCUACUCAAGGACCAACGAAAAUUAUUAUAAAGAGCUUGGGUGGCAAAGGCAGUAAGCUUCAUGUUGAUCAUGAGGAAACUGUCUUUUCUGUCAAAGCAAAAGCUUCAAAAAAGCUAGAUUUUAAGUCAUCUGAAACAGUGAGGAUGUUUUAUAAAGGGAAGGAACUUGAAGAUGAUAAAUCUCUAGCAGCUCAAAAUGUUCAGCGGAACUCUUUGCUUUAUCUGGUCCGUACAAAAAUAUAUUUGUUGCCAAGGUCACAAAAACUUCCUGGUGAGAAUAAAUCGUUGCGUCCUCCUGGAGCAUUUAAGAAGAAAUCUGACCCUUCAGCGAAAGACGGUCGUGUCUUUCUUGUAGAGUAUUGUGAGGAAAGACCUUUACUUCUGAGCAAUAUUGGUAUGGGUGCAAGAUUGUGCACUUAUUAUCAAAAUUCAGCCCCAGAUGAUCAAAAUGGAUCUUUGUUGCACAAUGAAAGCAGCAGCUUGGGUCAUGUCAUUUCGCUAAACCCUGCUGAUAAAUCACCUUUUCUUGGAGAUACAAAAGCUGGUUGCUGUCAGUCAUCUCUUGAGACAAACAUGUAUAGAGCACCUCUUUUUUCUCAUAAGGUGCCAUCAACUGAUUAUCUGUUAGUUCGUUCUGCAAAGGGAAAGCUUUCAAUUAGACGCAUUGACAAGCUUAAUGUUGUAGGGCAACAGGAACCUCUCAUGAAGGUAAUGUCUCCUGGAACUAAGAAUCUGAAAAAUUACAUGCUUAACAGGCUCAUAGUCUACAUGUGCCGUGAGUUCCGUGCUGCCGAAGAGCACCAUGUCCCUCCAUGUAUUCGUGUAGAUGAGUUAUGUGCACAAUUUCCUUACCUAUCUGAUCCCUUUAUCAAAAACAAAGUGAAGGAACUUGUGAAUUUGCCGAAGGGGUCAAGUGGACAUUGGGUUAAGAAGAGCAAUUUCAGGAUUUUCUCAGAAGAUGAAUUAAGAAAUAUGGUGAAACCAGAAGAGGUGUGUGCCUAUGAAAGCAUGCAAGCUGGUCUUUAUCGGCUCAAACAUUUACGAAUUACUCAAACUCAUCCUUCUGUCAUGUCAUCUGCAAUGAGUCAUCUCCGCGACGAAGGUAAUACUCUGGCUCCUGCAUCUCACAUCGAAAGGGAACUACAGACGACUCCAUGGAAUUUGAGUUGCAAUUUUGUAGCCUGUACAAUGGGAAAAGAAAAUAUUGAGCGUUUAGAAAUAUCUGGCCUUGGUGAUCCAUCUGGCCGGGGCCUAGGUUUUAGUUAUGUUCGCGCUGCUCCAAAAUCAUCAAUGUCCAAUGCAGUGGGAAAGAAAAACUGUGCUACUGGUAGAGGACGUUCAGAUUCUUUCAGCAGGGAGAGGUGUCAGGAAAUUUGGGAACAGCAAGUUCGUAGUCUUUCAGCAGCAGGCAGUGAUAAGAAUGAGAGUGAUUCUGAAGGAAAUUACAGUGAUCUAGAUUCCUUUGCUGGGAGUUUAGAAAAUCUGCUUGAUGCAGAAGAAUGUGAAAAGGGGUUGGGGGGUGAUCAUGAAUUUGAGUGUGACAAAGCAGAUGACGUUAAAGGGCUUGUAAUGAGAAGGCUCCUGUCCUUGAAUCCAGCAGAGGAAAGUGAAGAUGAAGCAGCUGAAGCAGCUGAGUUAUGCCGGUUGCUUAUGGGUGAUGAAACUGAGAGGAAGAAAAAGAAAAAAACAAGAGUUUUGGAGGAAGCUGGGCUGCCUCCAGGCUCACGAACAAGUUUUGGUUUUCAGAAUGCAGAUACGGUAAAGCAAAACAUUGUUGCACCACAAUUUGAUGGUUCCUAUACUCCUAAAGAGAAACCAAUUGGAGAAAGCAAAGUGAUGGAAAAUCUUCUUAAAAGAAGCAAGACUGGAGAAUUAAAAUGGAUGAAAGAGAAUGCUACUAAACCUAUGCAUAAGAAACUAAACACAUCAGGAGUUGGUGUCAAAAUGUGUGGUGAGAAGAAGCCAGUAAGAGAGAAUUUUGUAUGUGGAGCAUGUGGUCAGCAUGGACACAUGAGGACAAACAAGAACUGCCCCAAGUUUGGAAAAGAUCUGAAAGCGCACAUUGAAACUCCAGAUGUGGAGAAUGUACUUGGAAAGUCCAUUCCUCUGAAUUCAUCUAGUCGGUUUCAGCAGAAAACUACAACAAAGAAGUUGAUACCAGAGACUGUAAUUGACGUUGAAGGUUCUGGGGUUGAAAACCUUGGUCCGACCUCAAAGGUUGUUCCAUUGACAUUCAAAGUUGCGUUAGGUGAAAAGUUUCCUGACAAACAGGCUCCUGGAGAAACAGAGAGUUAUCGGAAUCCAGUCACAUCUGAUCUUGAAGCUGGGAAUCCCGCUGUUAAGGUUAGUAAAAUAAUAAUUUCUAACAAGACGAAACCUGGAGAGGGAUCAGUUGAAUCUCAUAAACCCCCUAUUGGGAUAUGGUCUCCCACAGAUAUAGAUAGGGGUCAUGUCAAGUCACAAAAGCCACUGCCAACUAUAGUGAUACGGCCUCCAGCAACCACAGUUGGAGAUCAGGUGGAAUCUCAAAAGCCCUCUGUUGCUAAACUGCCAUUAGUGGAAGCUCACAAAGAGCAACAUCAUCAGAAAAGACAUGAGAAGCAGAAUAGCAUGUAUUUUUCUAUCGAAGCAGUGAAAAAGAAAGCAAGAGAUGAUAGAAGAUUGAGGGAGGAGCAAGAGAAACGGAGAAUUGAAGAGAGUACCAGGAGGCUGUAUGACAAUGAAAUUAGGAUGGCAAAGGAGCAAGAAAGACUUGCAGAACUUAAAAAAUAUGAAGCAGCCAUCAAACAAGAGAGAGAGGAAGAACUCCAGAAAGUGAAGAAGAAUAAAAUUAUGAAUAGAAGGCCACAGAUAAAUGAUGACUAUUUAGAGGACUCGCGGACAAGAACAUUUGGUAAAAGGAUGCCACAAAGAAAUCAGGGGGCCAAAAGGAGGCCAACUGUUGAUUUGGGAAGUUAUGGUGGAGAUUAUGCCCCAACUACCAAGCGUCGUAAAGGAGGAGAGGUUGGUUUGGCAAACAUCUUGGAGCGCAUUGUAGAAUCCCUCAAAGAUCGAAUUGAAAUCUCGUAUCUUUUUUUAAAACCAGUAUCCAAAAAGGAAGCUCCUGAUUACCGGGACAUCAUAAAGCACCCAAUGGAUCUAUCGACAAUCAAGGUGAAGGUUCGGAAUAUGGAGUACAAGAGCCGGGAGCAAUUCAGACGGGAUGUGUGGCAGAUUGCCUUUAAUGCCCAUAAAUAUAAUGAUGAGCAUAACCCGGAUAUCCCUCCACUCGCAGAUCAGCUUUUAAACUUCUGUGACUAUAUGUUGGUUGAGAAUGAAGAAAGCUUGACUGAAGCGGAAGCAGGCAUUGAAUAUGCAGAUAUCUAGAGAUAUGUGCUGUUAUAUGUUACUCUCUUUUUCUAAAGAAGCCCCAGGUUGAGUCUAGAAGAUGUUUGCUUUCUCUGGUUUUGAAGUUUGUAGGUCGUUUUACGUAGGAUCAAGAAGACAGCUCUGAAUUCAUCUUGCAUCUCAAACUUCUGUAAUUUUGUCCAUUGAGUUGUUCAUGAAAGUAGGAACCAGUAGUUCCAAUAUUGUACAGUGAAAGCCGUUGUUUUCGAAAGGCAUAACGAGAAACCAUCUUGUAAAUUUAAGUAGUUACUCUUAUAAUUUGUAUCUGAAUUUACAAAUUAUCUUAUAUAUUUCAAUUUCUAUUUACUA